AUGGUCCUCACAAGCAAUGAGAAGCGUGCCUUCUUCAGACAACAGUGUCGUGAGGCAUUGGCAGCCCAUAUAUAUGAUCGACUUGGUCUUGUCGUCGCUCCCGCCGAUGUCCGCCUACAGCCAUCAGUCGGAGAUAAAUACGCUUGGUCGGUGACGGAAUCCAAGAAGAGCCUAUUGCAGUCAAAUUUGGGCCGUGGAAGCGUGGGCCUAUACAAGUCCAUUUGUGAGGAAUUGGGCCGGUCGCUUGAGGCAGUUACUCCGCAGACGCUACAGGUUACCCAAUUAGAACGGGACCACCUGCCACGAGAAGAGGCCGGGCCAGCUCGUAGUGACCAAGAGGAAAGCGGAUCCUUCACAGCAAAGAUCCACGAGCUGAAAUGCGCCAAUCAUGUAUUGAAGGACGAGCUUGACCGUACCACUAUCCACCUGCAAGGGUCCCUCGGCGAAAACCGUAUAUUGCAAGCAAACAUCCGUCGGCUUCAGGACGAGUUGGACAGUAGUUCAUCUCGAGCAACUUACCUAGAAGACGAGUUGGUUCGUAUCGGCAGUGGGAUCACCGAAGCUAUACAGGUGUUGCAGGAGUACCAAGCACAUAAGGGGAGCAUGCUCUUUACCUUCAUCCACACGAUGUCUCCCACAACGAUAAAUCAGAGUGCCCGCUCGCGAUUGACAGAACUCUCGGCAUAG